CUAGAUUGGACAGUGAGUCAAAGAAUAAUCUCACAGCAAAAGUUUCUUCUUAAGAUAACAAAAACAAAAAAAAUUAGCAAGUGCUUACACUCUGCAAUGGAUGCAUGACCCAAACACGGAAAUGCAGAAAGUGGAGUUUGUUACUGUGGGGUUCCAGCGUUGAGAAAAACCUAAUUAACGAACCAAAACCCUAAAAUCUGGAAAAAUGGAAUCGAGCGUUCUGGAAUGGCUGGGCGUGGAGAUAAUUGGCGUGAUGAGCCCCGUCUCGAUCUGCAUGUUCCUUGUGGUCCUACUGGUGUACUCCCUCUCCUCGCCGUCCACCACCGCCACCACCAUCGCCACCGCCGCCAACCUCGUCUACGCUGAGAACCCCUCCGACACCGCCGCGCAGAAGCUCGAGGGCGCGGUCCUCAACGCCGUCGUCUUCAUCGUCUUCAUCGCGCUCGCAACCUUCCUCCUCGUCCUCCUCUACUACUACAACUGCACCGCCUUCCUCCUCCACUACACGCGCUUCUCCACCUUCUUCGUCCUCGCCGCCAUGGGCGGAUCCAUCCUCCUCUCCCUCCUGGAACGCUUCUCCGUCCCCCUCGACGCCGUCACCUCCUUUCUCCUCCUCUUCAACUUCGCCGUCGUCGGAGUCCUCUCCGUCUUUGCCGGCGGCGGCCUCCCGAUCCUGCUCCGCCAGUGCUACACGGUCUGCCUCGGCAUCAUCGUUGCCGCGUGGUUCACCAAGCUUCCCGAGUGGACCACGUGGACGGUCCUCGUCGCGCUCGCGCUCUACGACCUGGUAGCCGUCCUCGCUCCCGGCGGCCCGCUCAAGCUCCUCGUCGAAUUGGAGUCGAGCCGCAACGAGGAGCUCCCGGCGCUGGUCUACGAGGCACGGCCGACGGUGAAUACGCGAAACCACGCCGCGGCGGUUGGGUUUAUCGUCGCCGGGGUUUCGGAUUCCGAAACUUCCAGAAUUGAGCUUCAGGUAGUGUCUAGGGUUAAUAGUAAUAAUAAUAACAAUUUGAGUAGUAACAAUGAUAAUGGGGAGAAUGGGAUUAACGAUGAAUGGGAAAGGUCGCCGUUGGUUGGUGGAAUGAGAUUUGGUGAGGUUGUUGUUGAUGAGGGAAUGUCGCCACUUGUUGAGAUGAGUGGUGUGGGGGAAAAUGAGGAGGAAGGGGAAGGGGUGAGGAGGAAGAUUGGUGAAAGAGGGAUUAAGCUUGGACUUGGGGACUUUGUUUUCUACAGUGUUCUUGUGGGUAGAGCGGCUAUGUAUGAUUUGAUGACUGUGUAUGCGUGCUACCUCGCCAUUAUUUCGGGGCUUGGCUGCACGCUCAUUUUGUUGUCCAUGUGCCGGAAGGCUCUGCCAGCCCUUCCGAUUUCGAUCGCAUUGGGGGUUCUGUUCUACUUUUUGACAAGGCUGCUCAUGGAGCCCUUCAUUGUUGGGACUGCGACCAAUUUGAUGAUGUUUUGAGAGGUAGGGUUUAGGAAUGGCCUAUAGAUAAGGAAUUUGUAUAUGGGGUGAAGAGGUGGACUUAUACGGUUAUACCCUUUUUUUUAGUAACAUACUUGUUCUCAUUGUCUGGUGUUUUUAACAGAUACUGUUGUAACUGAUGUUUGAAAUGAAAUGCAAUUUAACCUCUUCCCUUCCCUUUGCUCUGGAGUCUGUAAAUUCUAAAACUAAAUGGAUAGUUAUCUUGAUCAAA